AUUCCCGCCCCGCCCCGCCGCUCCCCGCCCCGCGUGUGGCCCAGCCCUGCCCGGCUCGCUCCCCGCCUGCGCCAGGCUCGCUCCGCAGUCGGGCUCGGGGCGGGAGAAGAUGGCGGAGCGGGCGGAGAUGUUCUCCCUCGCCACCUUCCACGCGCUCUCGCCGCCGGGCUGCAGGCCCCCACAGGACAUCAGCCUGGAGGAGUUUGACGAUGAGGACCUGUCCGAAAUCACGGAUGACUGUGGAAUUGGACUUAACUAUGACUCGGACCAUUAUGAGAAGGAUGGCCUGGUGCUGGAGCGUUGUGAGCAGCCCCACCCCAUCUGCACCUUCUCGGAGGAUUUCCAGGAGUUUGAGAUGAUCGAUGACAAUGAGGAUGAGGAGGAGCUGGACGGGACCGGGCUGGAUGUGACACCCUCACCUUCGGCCUCCCCCAUCCCCUCGCCUGGCACCGAGGAGACGCAGAAGCCCCGGCCCAGCACCCUGAGCCUGAGCGUGCCGGGGUCCCAGGAUUCCCUGAACAACAACGGCAGCUACCCUCCUCCCCCCAUUGCUCAGCGGGCCACUUGGCAGGAGACCCUUCUCCACUCCUCCUCCUCUUCCUCACACACUGGGCACCUGUCUCCUUCUCACCCUUGUGUCCAAGAUGGCCCCUGCUUGGAAAGUCAGAAAGGCCUGGGGCUGACCACUGAGGAAACAGGGCAGGCCCAGAUGCUGCUCAAACCCUCCUUCUAUGACUUGGAAGGCAACAGACAUGAGUCUCUGGCAUAUGGUAACCAACCGCCGGAGAGAGCUGGGGAAGAUUAUAAUAUGAAUAUCAUCUCCUCUGCACCAUGCUCACCACAUUCCCCAUCUCAUCUCAGCCAGCCGUCUCCUAAACAGUCUCUCUCUCCAACAGGGCCUGCCACUCCUCCUAACAUAGCCACUCACUCGGAAGCCAGCAAGGAGCCCCAGACCUGCGAAGCCAACUCCCAGCAGCCCAAAGCCACCGAAAGCUACUGUGCAAACCUCAAGCCAGAGGCAGCCAGCAGCACAGAGAGACAAAAACCCAGUGAGGAGGGUACCCCUGCAGAUGGCGCUGGGGGGGACGCAGGCCUGGCUCUUGGUCGUGGCUCCCCCAUCACCCUCCGUGGCCAGUCCAGCACCCCACUGUCUGAGGAAGAGCUGCCCAAGGGCUAUGGAGACACUGAAGUUGGAGUCUUCACUGAUCGGAGCGAUGGGGACGGGGGGUGCACUCUAGGGGCCUAUGUCUGCCUGAGAGGGCUGACCGAGCAGCUGAGCUCUGAAGGGGAGGGUCCCCACUGCAGUAGGGCCACCAGCAUGCAUGGGCUCCCUUCAGGCUCCUCUGAGACCACGUCUCCAUCAUCCGACCCAGGCAUUGAGGCAGAUCUCACCAGCAGGAACUCAAAGCAGUUCCUGCCCCACAGCCGGCACAGUGACGACCUCAGCUCCCCGGGUUCUGAUUCAGAUGUAGAGGGGGAAAUCGAGGCAGCUUUUGCUUGUGGGGGCCGCCUGGUCAGCAACAUGAUUUCCUCCAUCUCGGAGACGGAGCUGGAUCUGAGCAGUGACAGCAGCAGCGGCAGGUCCUCCCACCUCACUAACUCCAUUGAGGAGGCCAGCUCCCCCACCUCGGAGGCCGAGCUGGAGACAGAGCUUGAAGGCCAGGGGCUCAUGGGCAUCAAGGACUCCCUGCUGCUGGAUAAGUGCAAGGAGGAGGAGGAGAUGACCCUGGAGGGGGAGCUGCCGGAGAGCCGCUUGAGAGACAGGAACAUGGUGAGGAGAGAGAGCCUGGCCAACCUGAAGAUGGAGGGUUAUUAUGACACUUUGAACCCAGAGGACUCUUCCGUCCCCGUUGACCAGACAGACAUGUCUGGGUCCAGUCCCCUGGAUCUAAAGAUUGACCCAGACCACAGCCUGGAGAGCAUCCGCCGCUCCUUCUACCUGCCCAUCGGGCCCAAGCUCUUGCCAGAGGUGGACGACGAGGGUAACAGCGAGUACGACUCUGACUCCGAAUCGGAGCCUGACCUGAGCGAGGACUCAGACUCACCCUGGCUGCUCAGCAACCUCGUCAAUAAGAUGAUCUUGGAGGGCUCAUAUCCCCUCAAGUGCCCAGACGAGUGCUUCCAGCAGGCCCACUCCCUCUGCGACACCAUCUCCCCGGCCUCCGACCUGGAGCCUGAGAUCCUUAGCGAGUCCCUGGACGUACAGCCCAGCUUGCGGGACUCCCCGGGGAGCGAAGCAGAGCCAGUCAAGCUGUCCUGCUCCCAGCAGAGCAUCGAGCUGGUGGACAUGGAGACUCUGCGCAGCUCACUUCAGAGCGCCGAGGACGAGAAACCCACGAGCACCAGCCCUGCCACAGAGUCCUCGCCUCCGGGAAGUGACUCCGGCCCAUAUUUAUUCAUGAGCAACCCGACCAAUGACACUAUCACCCCAGUGUUCCUGGGGCACCCCCUCUCCAUCGACAGGCUGGGCAGCUCAGGGGUGCUGGCAAACUUUGGCUGCUGUACGGGGCCCAUCAAAAGCUUCCCUUUCACCCCACACGCCAGCACAGAGGGCUUGGAUCCAGCGUCCAGAGAACAAGGCACAGAGGUGGAGCCGGCAGCUGAGCGAGAGGAUUGGGCCAUCGAUAAGGACCUGGACUCGGGGAUCCUGGAGGACAAUGACAUGAUCGAUGACAUCCGGUUAGAGAGCUUGGACCAGAACCCUGAUGCCUUCCUGCCCAUGCUCGACGUCUCUACGGCCAAGACCAACCGGUGCUUUAACCUGACCUACUCCACGGAUGAGGAUGACGUGCCGUAUUUCGGCAGCCUGAAGGGCUCCCCCUUCCACGACGAUACGCAGAGCUUCGAGGAGGACCUGCCGCUUCCUCCGCCCCCCAUGGCCCUGGAGCCUCGGCCGCUGGAUGAGUCCCUGGUCUACGACUCCAUCAAAUACACUCUGGUGGUGGAUGAGAACACGCAGCUAGAGCUGGUAAGCCUGAAGCGCUGCACCUCCGUGCUGAGCGAUGACAGUGAGCUGCUGACCGCCUGCGACAACUGCGACCUGGAGGACGAGGACGAGUUUGGGGAGGGGCUGGCAGCACAGGACGGGCAGAGCUCCUCGGAGGACUCCUCCCCUGAAGCCGACCUCCAGUUCUCCAAGAAGUUCCUCAAUGUCUUUGUCAAUAGCACAUCCCGUUCCUCCAGUACGGAGUCCUUUGGGCUGUUCUCAUGCAUGGUGAAUGGGGAAGAACGGGAGCAGACGCACCGGGCUGUCUUCAGGUUUAUCCCUCGCCAUGAGGAUGAGCUGGAGCUGGAUGUGGACGACCCGAUCCUGGUAGAGCUGGAGGAGGAUGAUUACUGGUACCGAGGCUACAACAUGCGGACUGGAGAGAGAGGCAUCUUCCCAGCGUUCUAUGCCCACGAGGUGGUGAGCCAAGCUAAGGAGGUCAUAGAGACCUCCGCCUGCUUGGUACAUGGCAAACAGACCCCGACAACUCCUUUGAUUCCUUUAGUAAAGAUACAGAAAAGAAGGAAACACCAGUUAAAGCAUUUGAAAUGUCUGAAGAGGAACCCUGGCUGGGUGGAGAGGUUCAACGUGCAGUUUCUGGGCUCUGUGGAGGUCCCAUAUCAUCAGGGGAAUGGCAUCCUGUGUGCAGCCAUGCAGAAGAUCGCCACCACCAGGAAGCUGACGGUGCAUUUGCGCCCACCAGCCACUUGUGACCUGGAGAUAAUGCUGCAGGGCAUCAAGCUGAUCCUGACCGUGAAUGAGUACAGCCGGGACGAGGAGUUGGAGCGAUGCAGCCACUUCUUCCAGAUGAAGAACAUCUCCUUCUGUGGCUGCCACCCCAGGAACAGCUGUUACUUCGGGUUCAUCACCAAACACCCCGUGCUCAGCCGCUUUGCCUGCCACGUCUUCGUCUCCCAGGAGUCCAUGCGGCAUGUCGCCGAGUGUGUCGGCCGGGCGUUUCAGGAAUAUUACCAGGAGCACCUGGAGUAUGCCUGCCCCACAGAGGACAUUUACCUGGAGUAAGGACACGAGUCACUGCGGCUCCUGCUUCUGCCCCCCAUCUAGCCCCACAGAUGGCCAGAGACUCUGACCCCACAACCAGCCGGCUUGGACCCUCCUGCACAUGCUGCGGCCCCCGCCCCCCGCACAGACUUGCUGCACAUCCUCACUGCUUCUCUCUGGGGGCCCGGAGAGCCGGCUGCUCCUCCCUGAGCCAGGGCUGGAGGGCAGGCCCGUCCCAGGCAGGCGGGGCAGGCGUUGGCGGGGGGAACCCAGCCCUGGCAGACCCCUUCCCCGGUGGCUGAUGGGCGCGGAGCCCAGGGGGCCUGAGGAGAGACUGCGCCUGCAGGGGCACCUGCCUCAAUGACCAACGCUAAGGCAUGGAGGGCACAAGGGCUGGGCCGGGCAGCUGCACCCUGCAGCAGGCUCCCCGGGGAGGGGCUGGCGGGGGA